UAUAUCUAUGUAACCAUUGUAUUGCCAAUCUCCAAAAUAACCUAUUAAGAAAGACUCUUGUUUGCAUCAAUUCUAAAAAUUGCUCUCUGAAUCCCUCAAUCGCAAAUAAGCUAUAUAAAAUAAAGAAAAUACUAGGAGUAGUUUUCAAAUGAGAAGCUAUAGCAAAUUAUUAUCACCUCCUAAUCGUUCUAUCCCAAAUAAUAAUUAACUCAACCAAGAACUCAAAAAAACAUUGAAUAGAGUCAAAUCUAUACUAGAUAAAGCUUACUAAGAAAAUUUAGUUUUGAAAUGUGAAAAAAGAGAAUUAAUACAAUUAUUAUAAGAGAAAAACUAAUUGAUUGAAAAAUUAUAAUAGAAAAAAUCAAUAAGUCAACAUUGCUGA